AUGACUCGCGAUAGGUUUGGUGAAAUAAAAACAAAAAUAAAGUAUUCAAAACUUGACGAUAAAAAUGAUAAUGAUAAAGCUUGGAAAUUUACGAUGGUUCUUUCCGUAGAUGAAAUGAUGCUUAGAUUUUUUGGACGCACUUGCCUAAAACAAUAUUUACCUUGCAAGCCUGACAGAUAUGAUCUAAAGCUCUGGGGCUUGUGUGGAACAAAUGGAUAUAUAUUCAAUAUGGAUAUUUACUGUGGUAGAAAUGAUACUAGUAUUGGAAUAAAUUUAGCAAAAUGUCCACUUGGCUCCAGAGUAGUCUUACAAAUGAUAAAUCCUCUUUUACUUGGCCUUUCAAAAAGAAAGCUAUUACCAUAUCACUUCUACAUCGAUAAUUAUUUCACUAGUCCUGAUUUAGUCGUUUAUUUGAAUAAAUAUGGAUUACGAUCGACAGGAACUGUUCGUAAAGAUAGAGUCAAAGAAAAGCAUAUCUUUGAAAAAAAAGAGGUAUCGGUUUUAUCUAGAACAGUUAGUUUUACACCUAUACAACAGAUGAAAAGGUAUUCACGAACUGUUAAAGAUAAAACAGAAAUAGGAUUUCCUUUUGCCUUCUCAUUGUACAACAAAUUUGUGGGAGGCGUAGACUUGCGCGAUUUUCGAUGUAAAAAAGCUUCCCCAAGCAAAAGCUCUAAAAAAUGGACAUUCAAAAUUUUGUUACGUAUCAUUGAAGCUUCAAUUACAAAUGCUUUAACACUUUGGAACAUUUGCAAUGACCAUAAAAGUACACAUGUAACAACAAAAGAUUUAUGCAAAGAAGUCAACAGAAUGUAUCGCCCAAUUCUAAAUUGGGUGAUUUCCAAUCCCACAAGUAUGAAACUAGAACUAGAACGUUGUGUAAUUACAAGAGGUGUCGUCAACGAACUACUAGAUUUUGCACUGACUGCAACAAGAACUAUUGCUUGA